GAGAAUUUCGAAGUGGUUCUGUUCUUUCAGCAAUCCUUUCCCUCCUCUUACUCUCUGUAGUUUCGUGGACUUUUGGAAAUAUUUUUAUAUAAUAUUUGUAUUUUUAUAUAAAUUAUUACGAAAAAAAACUGAAUAAUAGAAUAUACCGUCCCCAAUGCACCAACAUUGAGUCACUGCUCUUUUAAUCUUUAAUGGCCUCCUCCUCCUCCUCCUCCUCCUCCUUCUCCUUCUUCUUCUUCUCUCUUUCCUUCCUCCUCUCACCAAACUCUUCAAGAUCUGAUCGUUGUGUUUCUUCCUCUUCUUCUUCAAAGCCAUGCCGUCUCGUUCUAUGAAUGUUCCUGACCUCGCCUGCUUUCUUCCUACGCUUCCUCGUCUUCGAUGCGAUUCGCUCUUGCAACGCUCUGAUUUCUCUUCCGCUCUUAAGUUAACUGGAUCAAACAUUCGAAGACGUAAGGGUCGUUUGCCGCUUCGUCAUGUUCAUUUCAGGGCCUUUGAUGGGGAUUCAGGUGAUAUUUCAUCACUGGAUGAUUGGGGUCACACAGAGGAGACCAUUCCACAGACAAUUUCUUCCAGUGAUGGUGAAGAUAGCGAUGCAGAAUUCGUACUAACUCCUGUAAAUGAUAUUGAAUUGCCCGCUAUCAGUGUUUCAAACAAUGAUGCUCUAACACUGACUGCUCAUCGGCUUGCAAUGCUUGGAAGACAGCAUAAAAGACACAGGAUCAAACAUGGAGUCUUAGUUAAUGCUGGUCUGAUUAUCUUCUUAAUUGUGGUACUUGUGUAUGUGGAUUGGUGUGCUUGGCGGAUUGUUAGACUGCCUUUAGAUCCAUUUCACUUGACCCGCCCCUUUCUAAUAUCAGUCAUUCUAGCCUCUUGUGCUGGCUAUAUAUGUGUCCCGUUACUCUAUGGCUUGAAGGUCUAUCAAAUAAUCAGGAAAGAAGGCCCAGUUAGACACUCUUUAAAAAAGAGAACUCCCACAAUGGGUGGACUGUUUUUUAUACCUGUUGGUGUACUUGUUGCAAAAUUUAUGGCUGGUUUUUCUUCUAGUGAAGUUUCUGGAGCAGCUGCUGCAACUCUAGCAUUUGCUGCAAUUGGAUUAAGCGAUGAUAUGUUCAGCUUAAUCAAGAAUCAAAAUAGUGGUUUAUCUCCGUGGCUAAAAAUUCUCCUUGAGGCAGCUGUUGGGACCUGGUUUUCAUUUUGGUUGGAUACUGCAAGUAUAUCAUCACCCUACGGCAUGUAUACCUUCUUGAAACUGUUGGUUCCCCUUCCUGCUUCACUUGGCCUAGUGUGCCUGGGAAAAUUUUAUUUAAUGUUGACUUCAUUUUGUUUCGUUUCAAUGGCAAAUGGGGUUAACUUAACAGAUGGCCUUGAUGGACUGGCUGGUGGGACUGCUGCACUGGCUUUUAUUGGAAUGUCUAUUGCAGUGCUUCCAAUAUGUUCUGAUCUAGCCAUAUUUGGAGCAUCAAUGGCCGGUGCCUGUGUUGGAUUUCUUUUGCACAAUCGCUACAAAGCAUCUGUAUUUAUGGGAGAUACUGGAUCCGUGGCACUAGGUGGAGCCUUGGCUGCAAUGGCUGCUUGUACCGGAAUGUUCCUUCCAUUAUUUGUUGCAUCUGGUAUCUUUGUCAUGGAAGCAUCAUCUGUUAUUAUGCAGGUAAUGUACUUUAAGACAACCAAUUAUUUCCUGGGAGCUGGGCGUCGCCUAUUUCGAAUGGCACCCUUUCAUCAUCACCUCGAGUCAUGCGGGCUCAAAGAACCAGUAAUUGUUGCAGGAGCAUAUGUUAUGUCGUCUGCAUUGGCUUUAUUUGCUGGCUAUUUGGGCCUUAUAUCUGCAUAGUGGCUUGGAAGCUUUCGUCCUGACUUGUAGUUAGGUUGCUAGUAUUACUAUUUUCUUUCUUUCAUAUUUUGAUAUGAUUUAUUAUUUUUGUUGAAGUUUUUGCUUAGUUAGGUCACCAUUUUUUAUACCUCGCUUGCCAAAAUAAGAGCAAGAGAGAAAUAGGAUUUGUAUACAGGUUGAGUUCUAUGUUUGAUUUUUAUGAUAGUGAUAUCAUUUUAUAAGUUGAUUAUAUUAAUUUUAUUA